AGAAACAGCUUCUCUUGCUGCUGUCCUGCUGAGGCCUGUGUUUGUUCAUUCUUGAUGCGUUGCAAAUAAGCUGUAUUUUUGGCUCUACCUGCCAACGGAGGUGACAGAUGAUCAUGUUUUCCCUGAAACGAGACGCUUCAAAGCUGUGUGCCAGCUGCAAACAGGAGCUGCGCUCCGCUCCCCCCUCCCAGCCUCCCUGCUGUUAUUUCUCUGCUUUGCUCUGCCUUUAGCAAAUGUCCCCUAUGGCCAAAGGUGUCCCUGGACUUAACUGUUUUGGUGGCCAAGGCAGCUCUAGAUGUAGGGACACGAGGGCUCCCUGUGCCCUCUGGUACAGCACUGCCUCAGCUCCCACCAGCUUUACCUCCCUGACCAUGGGAUGCUUUGGAUUUUGGCUCAUGGCUCCUGCUGGCACUUCUAUGCAUCUUUAUGAAGACAAGCCAUGUGUGGGGGCCUCUUCUUUCAAAGAUUUCCUCAGCUCCCUUCUGAACGCAGCAUUUAGGGGGGCUGCAAGCACAAUCUGCAGUGAGGCUGCAUCAGAGUGCGGGAGCAAUGAGGAACGGAGGAGCAGUUAAUAAAUGAAAAGCCAUUUCAUUAUGGGAAAUGAAUGUUUAAUGAGUGUGGGAUGACGUCUAGACAGGCGGUCGGUGCUGGCCAUGUGGUGUGCAAGGAAGACUCAGCCCAGGCAGCCAGCCCAGCCCCUAUCUUGUGCCAGGAGGAGGUGGCAAAACUUCCUCAGGAGCUGCGGGGCCACAGGGAAGGUCCCCUGAUACCACAUUGCUGCUGCUGCCCCUCGUGCCUCUCCUGGUGAGGCCCUGAGGCUGUAGAGGGUCCUAGGGGUUGAGGACAGCCAUGCUGCGGGCUGACCCGACCUGGAUCAGGGCCCAGGGCAGCACCCAGGAGCUCAGGGCAGCACCCAGGAGCUCAGGGCAGCACCCAGGAGCUCAGGGCAGGCCCAGGGGAGCUGGCAGCACCCCUAAGCUCAGCACAGCCUGGCCUCUGCUGUGUGGUGGGCUCUGGAGCUGCCUCUGGGCCUGGUGAAGAUGCUGUUUUUAGCUACAGAAAAGAGGUUUCAAAGACUGAAAUGAGCCCAUAAGGGGGGUUGGUUCCCAGUAGAAUCCUUUCCAGAGUCUCUGGAAGUAUCAGUUGUCCCCACAGAAGCACUGUGCUGACGUGCCACAAGCCUGGCUGCUGUUGGGGACAGGCCACGGCACUCUGGCUGCUCCACAGCCGCCCAGAUCCUGCCCCAGGCUGAGCAUGCCUGGCCUUGGUGGGCGCCAGAAAGGAAAGAUGAAAAGCUUGAAUCUUCUUGGCAGUGGCAAAGAGGUGGAAAUAAUGCAUUCUGACUUCAUCCCAAGGGCUGCCUUCCUAGCUUUAGGGAUGGCAGUGCUGAACCAGCCCACAGCUCUGCUGAGCUUGCCUGGAAAAUGCUGACAGGACCCCACUGUGCCCACAUCCUGCUCCAUGCCCCUGUUGGACCCACAGUGUCCCCUUCCUGGGUGCCAGGAAGGGCUCUGCUGUUCCUGGAGAUGGGAAUUUUCUCUGGGAUGCAUGCUGUGCCUGUAAAGCGGCAGGGAUGGGACCAGUGGUGCUGCAGGACCUGGGACCAGAGCAAUGGGCUGUGCAGCCUGAUCAGCACUUGGCUCUGUGACUUCUUGGCUGUGCCUAUGGGUGGAAAAGAGGAAAAUAAAUAUGCAUUUGCUUUCCCACAAAUGGAAACCACUUCCCAUGGGGCAUUUCGCUCUACCUUUCUUAACCCUGGGAUUUCUGCAGGGUGGACAUCUACAAACAGCUCCACUAAAGGCCUGGGGACUCGAGACACCUAAUUUGCCCUGCUGCAGUGUCAGAAGGCACUUGGUGGGGGCAUUGGGUGAGGCUAGUUGGAAGGGAUGGGAGGUGGUUUGGGGUUUUGAUUUUUUUUUUUUAGUUUUCAGGGUUUUUUUCCCCUAUUUAUCCUCCUGGCUUUGCCAAGGCAUUUCCAUAUAGGGAUGAGAUGCUGCUGCCUGUGGUGCUCAGCUGUGCCAGGGGACUUGGUGGGGAGUGCUUUGCAGUCUCCUGUGCUUUUUAACAGAUUGAAGUGAUGGAGAGGCCAAAACCAAUUUUGUUCAAAACUGUGGUGAGUUUUAGACAGCCUCAGACUUCCUCAAGCUUAGAAGCAUCCUUGUGCUGCAAUCUGCCUGAGUUCUUGCUACUAGGAGAGCCUGGGAGGUAUUUCUCAGUAACGAAGAGCAUUUCACUUGUAGACUUAGCUGCACACACAAAGCCACAUAACAGGAAGGAUUUAGCCAUCCGGUGGCACCAGCAAAGUCAUCCUGGGUCUUGCAAGACUGGCCUGGCUGCUGGGAGAACAUCUGGCCAGGUCUGCCUGAGGUGCGCGCUUUGCUGCUGCCAUAUGGUGACUGUGAAGCAAUAGCUUGGCCCCAAGUUUUGCUAACGCACAAAAAUACUUUCUGGGACCCUGCUUCAGCAGCAAGCCUGUGGUGAGCAGAUCUGCGCAGGAAGCAGUAACCACAAGCUAUAUAUACAGCUCCCAGAAGAGCUGCUGCUGCUUUUGAUGUGACAAAAUUAAGGUGGUGUUUUGCAAAGAAAUCCAGCAUGUUGCCUUCUUCCACUGGCAAGGCUGACACAGUAAGAACUGGGGCUGGCUCCUGGAUGGCUCCUGGACCUGAGCUGGAAUGGGGAGGUGGGCAAGAAGGUCUCUUUGCCUCCAAAAACUGUGCAGUACUGAAGGCUGCUGGUUCCUGAGCCAUGGGGAGGAGCACAUGUCUGGUGUGUCAUGGCAUGUGCUCUUGUUGGCUCUGUUUGUGUUCUGAGCUGGUUUAGGAGGCACAGUGUCAAAAUGCAAGCAGCUGGGGACAAUGUCAGCAUCUGAGUUUUUUCCCAAGGUUUAAGUUGAGACCCUGAUGCAGCUGAGAGUGACCCAUCCUGCUAGCCCAUGGUGCUGGGAGGGGGAACUCGUGCUGGGUGCCAGCCUCCAUAGUCACCUACCUGAUGUCCCACAUCACUAGCAGUACAGCCCUAGGGGAGCAGCAGCCAACAGUCAGGUAGAGCAGAGAGCACUCAGCUAUGAUCGUUGCUUCUUCUACCUCCAAAGGAUGUGCAGUCUCUUUCCUCCUCUCCUGAAAUCAGGAGGCGAGAGUCUCCUCCUCUUGUCCUGAAAUCAGCCUCCAGGUCUCACCCUCCCUCUUUGCUGCCUUCACUCUUACCUCACUGGCCUACCCAUGUAGCCAGGCUGGGCUCACUGUGGGGCUGGGGUGGGCACGCAGCCAUGGCACCCUUGCUCUGGGAAAGUGAAGCCCUGCUUUGCCUUUCCCAUGCUGUUUUGCAGAGCGGGGCUGACUACAGCUUCCUUGUGAGCCAGAACAUGAAGCUCCUGAGCGCACUGGAGGACCUGCAGCACCGCUGCUCCAGUCUCACCGAGGAGAACAGCUUGCUGCGCAGGAGCUGCUUCCCCGAGACAGAGGAGAAGGUGAAGCACCUGAAGAGGAAAAACGCAGAGCUGGCAGUGAUCGCCAAACGGCUGGAGGAGAGAGCCCGAAAACUCCAGGAGGCCAACCUCAAAGUCGUAACUGCUCCAGUGCCCCUGAAGGGUUCCAGCCUGGAGCUGUGUAAGAAAGCAUUUGCCCGCCAGCGUGCCAAGGACUUGACAGAGCAAGCCAGUGCUCUUCUGGCAAAAGACAAGCAGAUUGAAGCUCUGCAGCAGGAGUGCCGGGAGCUGCAGGCUAAACUCAUCGCGGGGAAGGGUGACCCUCGCUGUCCGAACGUGGUGGAGUUCGACCGGCUGCUGCGGGAAUCCCAGAAAGAAGUGCUGCGGCUGCAGAGGCAAAUCGCGCUGAAGAACUUCAAGGAGUGCCUGCGCUCCUCCAAAGGCGGCUCGGGAGGCUCCCUGCCCAGCGCCGCCGUCCGCCCGGGCCCAGCGCCGAACGCCCGCGGCAAAGACGCGCCCGCAGCGAAGGAGCCGCGCUGGGCAGAGCCGGCGCCGGGAGGGGCAGCGCCCGGCAAGGUGGAACCAGGUGUGCUACCACUGGGCCCUGCCUUGGAAGGACAUGAAAAUUUCCCUCCAAAAAAUGCAGUAACAGACCAAGAGAGCAGCCAACAGAUACAGCAGCUGGAAUUUGAACUCAAGAAAAAACGCAAAAAAUGUGAAAACCUUGAGCAUGAAGUGAGAAAAAAGCAUAAAAGAUGCAAAGAACUCGAGAUCCAGCUGCAGGAGGUACAGAGUGAAAAUGCACGACUGGCCGAGGAGAACUUGCAGCUGAAUGAGAAGGCCGGAUGGGCAGGACAGCAGAUAGCUGCUUCAUAUCCCAAUUACUUCACCCCAGCAACAGAGAGCCUAGUGGGAGGAGCAGGGUGUGCAAAUAAAUACAUGAGUAUUUGUUUUGAGUGGAAACCAAAGGGAGAGGAGGCUGGUGAUUUUGAUAUUACAAGCAGGAAGCAGGUUGAAUCUGAGAAUGCUGACCUGAAGCUGCAGGUUGUUUUGGUUACUAAGGAACGGGAUUCAGUAAUUCAGAGAAAUCAAGGACUUCAAACCAAGCUGGAGAAUCUAGAGCAGGUGCUGAAGCACAUGAGAGAUGUGGCUGAGCGAAGGCAGCUGCUGGAAGCUGAACACAAGGAAGCACUGCUAGUCCUGCAAGAGAAGCAAGAGGAAGUCAGACGGUUGCAGCAGGCACAGGCAGAGGCAAAAAGAGAACAUGAAGGAGCAGUACAGCUUCUAGAGGCUCGGGUGAAGGAUCUAGAAGACCAAUGCCGCAGUCAAACAGAGCAGUUCAGCCUUCUGUCCCAGGAGCUCAAACAAUUCCGACUUCAAACAGGAAAAAUUGACCUUCUCACCUCCACACUUGUGACUUCUGAACUUCCUCUUGCACUGUGCAGCUCUACACCACAGCCUCACUGGGAGAAGGAUUCAUCUGGUCCUGCAUUGCUUGCUCACCAGAGCACAAAGAAGGCUCACAAUGAAGAGACCAAUGAGUUGGAGUCAUCACAGCGGGUGCCUGAGGCUGUUGUUGGCUCCCCGGUUUCUGUUGCCAGUUCUCAGAAACAAGCCAAAAAAGUUGAAUCUCAGUCAAGCUCUUCAAAAUCAGAAUCCAUGCAGAACAGCUCCAAAUCCUGCCCAACUCCAGAGGUGGACACUGCAAGUGAAAUGGAAGAACUGGAUGUUGACAGCAUCUCUCUGAUGCCAGAGCCAGGCAGCCAAGGCCCUGCAAAGCUCCAGGUCUUCUUGGCUCGAUACAGCUACAAUCCUUUUGAUGGACCUAAUGAAAAUCCAGAGGCAGAGCUUCCACUAACUGCUGGAGAGUACAUUUACAUCUAUGGAGACAUGGAUGAAGAUGGCUUCUUUGAAGGGGAGCUGAUGGAUGGCCGGCGAGGGCUGGUCCCCUCCAAUUUUGUUGAGCGAGUUUCAGAUGAUGACCUCAUGACGGUUCUGCCUUCGGAGCUGAAUGAUCUCACCCAUAGUUCAUACCAGGAGAAAAGUUUUGUCAGUGCAAGCACCAGCAGUGGAGAUAAGAGUGAUUUCUCCAUUGAAGAGAGUAGCAUCAGUCCGUUGGUCAGUAGAGCAGAAGGAGACCAGGAGGAACGUGUUAGUCACACAGCAGUGCCUUACCCAAGAAAAUUGACUCUGAUCAAGCAGCUUGCCAGAAGCAUAGUUGUAGGCUGGGAACCACCACUUUUGCCUGCUGGCUGCCCAGACAUACAGAGCUACAAUAUCUAUGUGGAUGAAGAGCUACGUCAAAAUGUGAAGAGUGGCUUUCAGACCAAAGCAGUGAUUGAAAAGCUGGAUUUAAAGACAAAGGCUUACCGUGUGUCUGUGCAGAGUGUGACAGAGAAGGGCAGUUCUGAUAAACUGCGAUGCACUUUCUUUGUGGGGCAAGAUUUGUGUGUGGCACCGACUAUGCUGAAAGUCAGAAACGUCACUGCCACAUCAGCAGAGGUCUCGUGGCUUCCCUGCAACAGCAAUUACAACCACGCGGUGUAUCUGAAUGGGGAGGAGUGUGACAUAACAAAACCAGGGGUCUACUGGUACACCUUCUGCAACCUGCAGCCCAACACUCAAUAUGUUGCCAAGCUGGAGGCCCGUCCCUUGAAAACACUCUGGGAAGAGGUCUCAGAGGGGCAGGAGCAGAACUCAGCUGUGAUACACUUCACUACCCCACUAGCAGGCACACCUGAUGCUCCUCUGGAUGUCCAGGUAGAAGUUGGUCCCUCUCCAGGAAUCCUCGUUAUCAGCUGGUUACCUGUCACUAUUGAUGCUGAAGGAUCUUCCAACGGAGUUCGAGUCACCGGUUACGCUGUGUAUGCGGAUGGACAGAAGGCAAUAGAAGUUACUUCUCCAACAGCUGGGAGUGUCCUUGUGGACCUGUCCCAGCUUCAGAUGUUCCAGGUGUGCCGGGAGGUUUCCGUGAGAACAAUGUCCCUGUAUGGAGAAUCAGUGGAUUCAGUUCCAGCCCAGAUUUCCUCAGUCUUGCUGAGAGCCUCUCAUCAUUCUUCACCUUCAGAUUCUGCUGUUUCUACUACUAUUACCUCUAGACUGCCCUGUGGAGAAUCCAGGGGCUCUCUGCCUGCACGCAGCCCACCCACACAUGAGGCAGCUGUGCUCCUUCUUCAACAAAAAGCCCCCACUGAUAGCUCAGAUGCCAAAUUGACUGAUCUCUCCUCCAGCCACGAUGGCUCAGCGCAAUCUCUGCCAGAGAAAGCCUCUUCGCUGCUGCAGCUCUCUUUGCACCGAGGAAGCGUUGGACACACCUCAGGCACUUCCCUGCAGGGAUCAGACGCUGCACAAGACAAGAAAUGCCUGACUGUGCCUCCUCAGCAAGCGGACAGCACAGAGCUCCCGGGUGAGGGCACAGAGCCUAUCUCCUCGAGGGAAGCAGAACUGAAAAGCCUGGGUGAAGGAACAGAAGUGCUGAUGGAGCAAAACAUGACCAAAAUGCCAGAGAUAGAAAGCCCAACUAACAGUAACCUGAAGAUACGCAUGGAGACCUGCCAUGCAUGCUCUGUGGAGUCACCAAAAAGUCCCAGUGCUGAAAGAGAGACAGAAGCAAAGGAGAAGAACUUGAGUCCAGAGCCCCUGCCCUCCCCCAGCCAGGCUGAGGAGAUGGAGGGCACCUCCCGAGAUGCAAGCAUGGGUGGAAGCAGCUGCCAGGAGUUCCUGAGGUUGUCACCUAGCAAGGAGGUGAUGAAAGAAAUGUCCAGAGUGAAAAGAGAGCAAGAAGAAAAAAUGUCUGAAAUAGGAAGACGACAGCUGACUCUUUUUGCUGAGCACAACCGUAGUUCAGACCUUUCAGAUAUAUUGGAGGAGGAAGAGGAAGAUGAACUGUCUUCAGAAGCUCUGGAUGAGAAGAAAUGGGAUCCAAGAGAGCCCUGUUAUAGGGAGAAUGGGGAGAAGAUGGAUCUUUGUGAUACUGACAGCGAUGAGGAGAUUCUGGAAAGGAUACUAGAGCUCCCGCUUCAGAAGAACCACAGCAAGAAAUUGUUUAGCAUCCCUGAAGUGACUGAGGAUGAGGAUGAGGAUGAAGAUGAGGAUGAGAAAUGUGUUACAGAGGAAAAGGAAAAUCCUCAAGGCUCCUUGGAAGCACCUACCUACAUUGCAGGAAGGUCUGAGAAGCCACUGAGCACCCAGGAUCCAUUUCCGAAGGCAGAUGGUAGUGAUUCCUCCCCCGAUCUGUCUGUUCAGACUCCACGAGACGAGCAGACUGCUAAGGAGAGUAGAGGGAGUGCUGACCACAUGAGCCCCAGUUGGAGUCAGAAAAGGGCAAACUGGAAUUGGGGCUACCAGGAGAAUGAUCUGAAGUCCGAGAGCGGGGAAAGCCUCACUCGGAGCAAGAAGAAGGGAAAUAACUAUCGAGAGAAGAUCCGGGGUCAACCUGAGAUGGGUAGGAAGAGACAGAAUGAUUCCACAGAGCACUGCAGUCGUCUGCUGGGCAACUGCAGCCAGAUGGGAGGCGGGUUGUACAGAGCUCCCAGCCUCCGGGAGGAGCUGAACAUUGUGAGCAGCUCUGCUGGUAAGGAGGGGUUUGAUGCAUACACUCGUGCUAGGCAAAGCGCCUCCCGAAGAAUCUACGGGAAAACAGUGGUUUCAGGGUUUGCAGAACCUGCCGGGAUGGCAGCACACUGCUCCAGCUCCAGGAGCCUGGAAAUAGACAUUGAGUAUGACUCUGAAGACGAUCAGGAUUCAACCUGUUCAUCCCCUCCUGAGAGCAGGCUGUGGCCAGAAAGGGCCCAGAACUGUCAGGGGGAGUGGAGCGAUUGUUCCAGUCAAUCUGAGGUUAUUCACACAGAUGGCAGAAGGAACCUGACCAGACUGGAAAGAGUAGAAGAGCAGGGUAUGGAGUGGGCUGGGUCUCCAAGCCGGCGCCUGCGAUCCUUCUGCCAGGAGAAGGAAGCACUGAGGUGUGAGAGCAGCUCUGAGGAGCAAGGCUGGGAGCAGGACUGUAAGUCACCUGGCUGGAGAAGGAGGCUCGAACAUCCUUGGAAGGGGAUACGUAGCACCUCCUUGCACAAAAGGGCGUCUGGUAAUAAAGAUCCUAGGGGCCAGGAGCUGCCUGGCUCGGCUGCCUGGCAGACUCCCAGCAGAAGAGGGAGCAGGAGCUUAAGAAGAUGCCAAAUGCAGAAACCUUUGCUUUCCAGUCCAGGUCCUCCAAGGAUCUCUACUUCAGAAACCACUGCUGAAGAUGAUGGCAUUAGAAUAUUUGUGGCCCUGUUUGACUAUGAUCCUGUUUCCAUGUCUCCUAACCCUGAUGCGGCAGAAGAGGAGCUCCCGUUUAAGGAGGGGCAGAUCCUGAAGGUGUGCGGAGACAAGGAUGCUGAUGGCUUUUACAGGGGUGAAUGUGCAGGAAGAGAGGGAUACAUACCCUGUAACAUGGUAUCUGAAGUCCAGGUGGAGAAUAAUGAAAUCAAGAUGCAGCUCCUAAAGCAAGGGUUCCUUCCUGCUGACCCACCAAUGGACAGCAUAGGAAAUGGCACAUUUUCUCCACCUCCACGCCGCCAAACCGUCCCUCCUCCAAAACCCAGACGCUCCAAGAAAGCAGAACUAGAUAAACAGGAGAAGUACAAGUCUCAUCCAGGACAGAAGCAUCAAGACUUUGAAGCUGAACUGCUGACUCCUCGAAGUAUGGUGGCUGUCUUCGACUAUAAUCCUAAAGAGAGCUCUCCAAAUGCAGAUGCAGAGGCUGAACUGACUUUCAGUGCAGGGGACAUUAUCACUGUGUUUGGGUCCAUGGAUGAUGAUGGAUUCUACUAUGGAGAGCUGAACCAGCAGAGAGGGCUUGUCCCAUCUAACUUUUUGGAAGCUGUAACCUCAGAUGGAGACGUGGUCGAGGAGCUUCACUCAAAAGAUAAAGACACUUUUUUGCUGGGUGCUGAGAGCCAGUUAAAUCCAGAUGGAUCUGUUGAUCACAAUGACUUCUCACCAACUCCUCCUGCACCUCCUUCCUGCCUUGUCAUGGGCAAGCAGCGUCCAGAGCAGGCAUCACUGGCUGUUCUCAAAUGCAGUGACUUACCUGGUCAGAGUAAAAAGAAGAGAGGCUUCUUCAUCAAAGGAAAAGAGCUCUUCAGAAAACUUGGGUCCAGUAAGAAAGACUAACAAGGGAUUUAUCGCCAUGUAUAGACUGCCUGUGCAAUCCACACAGGCAUUGAAAAUUCAGGAGAAGCCCUCGCAAUAAGCUGAUUGAUUAGAGUAUUUUCAUAGGAGAAAAGUGUAUAUUGAAUAGAGGAAACUUCUCAGUGAGCUGCAUGCUUUGCUGAGAGCUCAGCUGUGGGUGCCCACCCUGCGUGGGCAGCAGCUCUGAACAGUGUCAUGGCACUGAGGUGUGUGAGGCCUCGGCUCUAGGAUGCAGCUACCUCCACAGUAGUGUGUCCUGCUCCUUGCAGCCCUCGAUGCACCGGUUCCCUGUAAAUAUUUUAAUUCAAGAAAUAUAUUCUGGCUGUAAGUUAGCUAAAUGGCUUUUCCCAGCAAAGCCCCAGCCCCUUAGGAAGAGCUCCGUUGUACUACUGGUCCAAAGGAGGUUGUGUCGAGUCCUUCACUUCCUGCAAAGAAAAUCUGCACUUUUCCUGUGAAUCCCCUUUGCUGUCUCUGGGCUGAAAAGUGAGUUAUUUGUACUGUAAACCUGUAAAUAUGCAGCUGUGCCUAGGAGCAUCCCACACUGCCUCAGUCAUGUUUCAGCACGAGGAUUCCCAUGGAGGAAGGAGCGAUACCCAGGAGGGGAUCGAUGCUUCUGCCUAUAGCGUGGGCUGCUGUAAGCUGCUCUUGGCUGGCUCACCUUGACCAUGCACUGGCUGGGGACUCCGCCUUAUUUAUUUAUUUAUCUAUUUAUUUAUUUAUGGGUUGUUUUUUUUUUGUCCGCCUCUCUCACCAUUUCACUUGGCUGUUUCAGUGCGCUGCUCCUCUCUUGUUGGAGCAUUUGGAGAGCAGAGCUGGGGAUGGAGAGUUUGCAGCUGUUUUCAUAUGAGAUGAUAGGUUCCUUCAGUUCAGUCAUUUCCUUUGUAAGCCACGGAGUUUUGUACGACAUGGUUUCUAUCCUUUGCUGUGUUUCUUUCUUUGCAUGUUUCAAUGGGUACUUGUUUUGAGAAGGACAGUUAUGUGAGGUAUGUGAAUGAUGCCAGCACAGUGUCCACAGAUGUUGGUGAUAAGGUAUGUUUUUAUUUAAUAUCAAAUUUUAUUAUAAUAAAGUCUAUUUUCACAAAAAUACAUUUUCCUUA